GGCUGAACCUGUUUGUCUGCUUCAGGUGGAGUAUUCACCUGCCUGACAGCUGCUCCUCUCCUCAGUGAACCGGCUGAGCUGUCAGCGCGAACUGAGCUCAACUUCAGACAGCAGAAACAGCCUGAUGCAUCCUAAGAUUUAGUGUGAGAUCUGCAAAGAACCAUUAACAGCAUGCCAACUCAUCGGAGGGGGCGGAGCCUCUCUGAGGCCUUGACACUGGAGGAAUCGGAGGAGGGGGGGCUGGUCAUUUCCAGCGUUACCAAUGACUCCCAUAACUUGAAGGAAGGGGAUGAAAUUUUGGGAGCAACAAUAAAUUUUGAUCAGCUGUCAAAAGAGGAGGUGAUAAAGGUGCUAAAACUGAUGGAGCCAUAUGACGACAAAGUCCAUGUUCUUACAAGGGGUGGCUUGAGCAAGAGUAUGUUCAAUUUGGAUGACUGCGCAAGAAACCCAGAGGCAAUGCUAAAGGAUUCCUACAGUAAACUCUACAAUGCCAAAAUAAAGAGAUUUGUGAAAGAUGACCCAUCUGCUGCCAACUCAUCAAAGGUCAACCCUAAACAUGACAUGGGGCUGCCUCGCCUUGGAGUUGACUUUGGACAUCUCAAAUCCAAACCCCUCAGUUCAGAUUUUGAUGCAAGCUUGGAAUCUGAGGCCAGAGAUCUGACAGAUGGCAGCAAUCUGAACCUUCCACCUCUUGGAGUUGGUGACAAAGGUCUGAGACUAAAUCUUAAUGCAAGAAAUCCUCAGUCCUGUCUUGGAGACAUUAGUUUCUCUCAGAAAUCACCAGAUGGUAUAAAUGGCAAGAUUAAUGGCCCUGAUGCAGAGGUUACGACACCACAUGAAAGCUUAACCAUUCCCUCAGGGAAAUUAAGUCUGAAACAUUCCAAAAGACUUAAAACUCCAGAUCUGAAUUUAGAUGACCCUUCAAGUUUUGUGAAAUCACCAGAACUAAGGCUGUCUGGAAAACAAAUGGACCUUGGAAAUAUGGAUGCCAAUGCUUUAUCUGGAUCAGUCACAUUGCCUAACAGUGGAUUCUCUGGUGGAAAUUCAACAGAUUUGGCCACUGAUACUUUCUUGAUUAGUAACAAAGGUCCGUCUGGAAAUUACAAGCCUCCUAAAUUUACAAUGCCCAAAUUUGAUUUGCCAGAUAUUCAAGUCCCAGGUUUGAAUGGAAAUGUGGAGCUUCCUGAAGGUGACCUAAAAGCCCCUGAUUUAGAUGUCUCUGCUCCUAAUCUCAGAGCUGGGAUGAAUAUGCCUAGCAUCAAUAUGCCGAAGGCAGACUUUAAAACCCCCAAACUGGACCUUAGUGGCCCCAAAGCCAACUUAGACAUGCCUUCAGGCAAACUGAAAAUGCCUGAAAUUCAAGGUCCAGACUGGGAUAUAAAUGCUCCUUCAGGAAAACUUAAAAUGCCGAAGAUGGACAUUUCAGGUACUUUACCUAAAGGACCAAAUUUAGACCUCAAUGCAGAUCUCAAGUCACCAGAUUGGAGUCUCAAAUCUCCAAAGAUCAAAGGCGGCAUGCAUGCUCCUGAUCUGCCAGAUCUGCCAGACAUGAACCUUAAGGGUCCUAAAUUAGAUGUUGAUACACCAGAUGUUAACAUUGGAUCACCCAAAGGAAAAUUCAAAAUGCCUAAAUUAAAAAUGCCAAAAUUUAGUCUUCCAGGUAUGAAAGGACCCGAACUUGAUGGUAACCUGAAUGGUCCAGAUAUAGAUGUAAAUGCACCUGAUCUAAACUUGAAAGGGCCUAAAACUGAUCUAGAUUUUGAAAAACCAGGUUGGUCUGGGAAAUUCAAAAAGCCACACCUAAAUCUACCUGACUUAAAUCUUUCAGGUCCAAAGAUUGAUAGUCCUAACUUGGACCUAAGAGCACCUGAUCUAGAUGUCUCUGGUCCUAAUCUCAGGGGUGGAAUGAAUAUGCCUGACAUUAAUAUGCCCAAGGCAGACUUUAAAACACCCAAAUUAGACCUCAGUGGCCCAGAGGCCAAUUUGGACAUGCCCUCUGGCAAACUGAAAAUGCCUGAAAUUCAAGGUCCAAACUGGGAUGUCAAUGCUCCAUCAGGAAAACUCAAGAUGCCAAAAAUGAACCUUUCAGGUACAUUACCUAAAGGAUCAAACUUAGACCUCGAUGGAGAUCUCAAGUCCCCAGAUUUUAGUCUCAAAGCUCCGAAGGUCAAGGGUGGCAUGAAUGGCUUUGAAGGUCCUGAUGUAGAUUUUGGGAGCCCUUCAAGGAAAGGUAAAAGGCAUAAAUUGAAAAUGCCAGAUGUUGGAUUUUCAGCUCCGAAGAUAGAUAGCUAUGAUCUUAAUGCUCAAAAGAUAAAAGGUGGAUUUGAAUCUAACUUAAGUUUAUCAAGCAAUGACUUUAAAAGCUCCAAACCUGACUUUGAUGUUCCAGAUGUUGAUUUUGGUACUUCACCGUUUAAACUGCCAAACUUAAAAGUUCCCAAUGUGGGAUUUUCUAGUCCAAAGCUAGAUAGCCCAGAUCUUGAUUUCAAAACACCAAAACUGAGUCCAAAAUUACCAAAGGGGCAUAAUCUUACAUUAAAUUCUGACUUUAAUUCUCCAGAAUUGAAUCUCAGAGCGCCAAACAUGAAAGCUGAACUUGGUUCUCUUAAGCUCAGUGAUCCAAACCUCAACCUCCAAGGUUCCAAAUUUGACAUGGACACUCCAGAUGGCAAUAUCGGCUUACCUGGUGCCAAUUUUAAGAAGUCCAAAAAAAAGAUGCCAAAUGUCUUUAAUGCUGAUAUUCCAAAUGAGUUGCAAGGGCCUGGGCUGAUUAUGCCUAUUGCUCAUAGUAAUGUUCCAAAAGGAUCACCAAAGCUGAGAGGUCCCGAUUUAAGUUUGCCAGCUUUAGAUCUCGCUGAUGUCAGGCUAAAUGGUUCAAGGCCCAGUGCAAAACAUCCUAAUGUGAGAAUGAAUAACAUGAUUGGACAACCUGAAAUGAAGUUAUCUGGGCCCAGAGGACAAGGACGUUUCAGUGGUGCCCAGAUGGGUAUGAAUACUUCUAUGAUAGACAUACGUGAUCCUCAUCUAAGAUAUCCAGACCUUAACAUUGAUGAUGCUUCCAUAAAUUUCAAGGGAGCCUCCUAUAAGAAUCGCAGAUCAAAUAUGGCUGGCAUGAGUAUAAAAAGACCUGAUUUAGACAUAGAUCAAGACAUAAGGUUUACUCAUCCAAACAGGAAAUCUUCUAGAACUAAUGUAAGGUCCAGCAACCCUGCCACGAAUAAUGCUUUACACCAAUAUAUUGAUUUUAAUCGUCCAGAUCUCAAUAUCGAUGAUUUCACAGGGAAAUACCACGUGCCUAGAGCUAGGGGUUCACAAUUGGAUCUCCGUGCACCAUCUAGCUAUGAACAAGGCAUCCCUUCCUCUUAUGUUGAGUCCAGAAACAGCAGGGGGUUACCAGCAGGUACCAGAAAUCACAAUUUGCAUGGUUUUUCUCACAGUUCCCAAUUAAGAGGACCUGAGGCUUCCGAUGGAUACUACGUUACCAUUUUCCCCAAACAAGCACAAUCUCAAAGAGUCCCAAACACUAAAUCCAACUCUAUGGGUAGACUUUCCUUUCCCACAGGGAAAAUGGACCUUGAUGUUCCAGAUGAAAACUACCUAAAGGGCUCAACAUUCUUUUUCUCCAACCUUGUAUAGUCAUCUGAGCACUUAUAUUGUCUACUUUUCUACAGUAUUUCUGACAUAUUCUCUUUAUUUAUUAUGACUAUUCUUUUCCAUGUGUGUAUUGUGUGUGUUUUAUGAUCACUUUGCAGUUUUUUUUUUUUGCACUUGUUUUAUACUGCCAAUGUACAAUAUAUUUUUUUACAUAAACCAGUUAUGUUUUACAUUUUAAUACAAUCUUAAACAAUGCUUUUGAAAAUAAUUUCAUUAUUGUACUUUUAUUUUUUGUCAUUUUAUUUUGAUUUUGAGACUCCUGACAAAAUAAGUGCAAUAUAACCAGUUUUAUUUUAAAAAAUAUAUUGCUGUCUUGUAUUGUCUGUUCAACUCAAUCACUGAAGAAACCUUUGCUAAAUUAUUUACAUAAGCAUGUUCUGAGAAAAUAGUAAUGAAGUAGCUAAAUAUUUUGCAGUUUUUGCUUGAUAACAGAAAACUGUGGUUCUUUGAUUACUAUAAUGUACAGUUUUUGUAUGAAGUGUUGUUGAUGACAGAAUUCUUCUAUGUAGCUCCUGUAAUGUUUUUACAAGUCAGUGGUUCCUUUUAAACAUGUGCACAUAUAUUACAGCUGAAUAAAAAAUUUAAAACAGUUAAUAAAAACCAGAGCAUCUAGAUCCUGUGUCUUCCAAACUUCUAGAGUUUCUUUUGGC